AGUAAAUCUCAAGAGACGUCGUCAUAGAAUCUGGUGUUUUGUCAAGAAGUUUCGGACGUUUUAUCGGACACACACUCUAUGUUCAUUUUCGUAUGGAUUGAUUAGGAUGGAUUUCCCUCAAGAGGGUGAGGAUGCUGUCAGUGGAAAUCAGACAGGCAGAGCAGCAUGUGCUGUGUCCAGCCACUUGUCCAUGGAGAAUGAGGAGCCCGUCACUGAUGGGCAUCAGGGGGUCAGCACAGGAAGAGUGCUGUCUUAUCCAAGACCACAGACACACAGACCAGUGUCUCCAGUGCCCAGCUGUGUGUCCAUGAAGAGUGACCGGUCCUUGGAGCUCCCUUUCAAUUUCAGCAGUGGACCACCACAGCAUAAUCCAAAACCACAGACACACAGACCAGUGUCUCCAGUGCCCAGCUGUGUGUCCAUGAAGAGUGACCGGUCCUUGGAGCUCCCUUACAAUUUCAGCAGUGGACCACCACAGCAUAAUCCAAAACCACAGACACACAGACCAGUGUCUCCAGUGCCCAGCUGUGUGUCCAUGAAGAGUGACCGGUCCUUGGAGCUCCCUUACAAUUUCAGCAGUGGACCUCCACAGCAUAAUCCAAAGCACAUCCUGACCCAGGAUCAGUCCAGGUGUGGAGUGUGUGAGCAGCUACUGAGGGACCCAGUCAUCGCCAGCUGUGGACACAGAUUCUGCAGGCAGUGCAUCAGCAGCUACAGGAGCCAGUCUGGUCCAUCAGGAGACUACAGCUGCCCCCAGUGCAGAAAGAGAUCCAGAACACAACCCAAUAUAAACCCUGACAUAACUAUGGCCAUGAGAGGCAGCACCCACCUGCAAACGGAGCAUGCUCCAGUCAAAAGAGCCAAAUUAACAGAUGACCAUGUCCUGAGCAGAGUACUGAUGACCCAUAAAGCCAGCAUGAAGAGGAGGUUUGAGAGCAUAUGUGAAGGCAUCAUAAGGUCAGGGACUCAAACACUCCUGAACAAGAUCUACACAGAGCUCUACAUCACAGAGGGGGAGAGUGAAGGGGUGAAUAAUGAGCAUGAGGUUUGGCAGGUAGAGUCAGCAUCCAGGCCACAAACUACAGAAGACACAGCAAUCAACUGUAAUGAUAUCUUCAAGCCCUUACCUGGACAGAAGAGACACAUCAGAACUGUCAUGACCAAGGGGAUUGCUGGCAUUGGAAAAACCGUCUCAGUGCAGAAGUUCAUCCUUGACUGGGCAGAGGAGACAGCUAACCAGGAUGUAGAUUUCAUGUUUGUGCUUCCAUUCCGUGAGCUGAAUUUGGUCAAACAUGAUCAGUACAGUCUUCACAGACUCCUGCUUGACUUCCACCCUGAGCUUAAAGAGCUACAGAAUGGUGAAUACAAAGACUGCCACAUUGUGUUCAUCUUUGAUGGUCUGGAUGAGAGUCGACUUCCAUUGAAUUUCCAAAAGAAUCAAAAGUUGUCUGAUGUGACACAAACAUCAUCAGUGGAUGUGCUGAUGACGAGUCUCAUUCAGGGAACUCUGCUUUCCUCUGCUCUCAUCUGGAUAACCUCUCGACCAGCAGCAAUUAGUCAGAUUCCUUCUCAGUGCAUCAGUCAGGUGACAGAAGUACGAGGGUUCAAUGACCCGCAGAAGGAAGAGUACUUCAGGAAGAGGAUCAGUGACCAGAAUCAAGCCAACAGAAUCAUUUCACAUAUUAAGGAAUCCAGGAGUCUCCUUAUCAUGUGCCACAUGCCAGUCUUCUGUUGGAUUUCAGCCACUGUCCUUCAGCAGAUACUGGAACAGGAUGAUGGGAAGGAAGCCCCCAAAACUCUGACUGAGAUGUUCAUACACUUCCUGCUCAUCCAGGCCACUAGGAAGAACCAGAAGUAUCAAGAGGAAAGUGAGACAGAUCAACAGAGGCUCCUGGAAUCACAUAAGGGUGUCAUAUUGAAACUGGCAGAGCUGGCUUUCAAGCAUCUGGAGAAUGGCAAUCUCAUGUUCUAUGAAGAAGACCUGAGAGAGAGUGGCAUUGAUGUCAGUGAAGCUUCAGUCUAUUCUGGCAUGUGCACUGAGAUCUUCAGGGAGGAAUGUGUGUUUCACCACAAGAAGGUUUACUGCUUUGUGCAUCUGAGCAUCCAGGAGUUUUUGUCAGCCAUUUUUGUGUUUCAUACCUACAUAUCCGGACAUCUGGAGGCACUGAAACUAUUUCUCAGUGGAAAAGACAGAAACCUGAAAGCUUCCCUUCCUUUGCAUGUUCUGUUGAAGAGUGCUAUGGACAAAGCUUUGGGCAGCAAGAAUGGACACCUGGACCUAUUCCUCCGCUUCCUUGUUGGCAUUUCACUUGAAAGCAACCAGGCUCUUUUGAAAGGCUUGCUGACAAACACACACCCCAGCUCAGAGAGCAUCAAGAAAACAUGUCUGUACAUCAAGAGGCUCAGGAGGGAUGACUUGUCUCCUGAAAGAUGCAUCAAUCUGUUCCACUGUUUAUUUGAAAUGAAUGAUCAUUCUGUACAUAAAAAAAUUCAGAAAUAUCUGAAAUCUCCUAAUGGCUUAUCCGAUGCAUUGACACCUGCCCACUGUUCAGCACUGGCCCACAUGCUACUGAUGUCUGAGGAGGUGCUGGAUGUGUUUGACUUGAGCAAAUACAAAACAUCAGAGGAGGGAUGGAGGAGACUGGUGCCAGCUGUGAGAUACUGCAGAAAAGCUCUGUAA